AUGGCCAGCAGGAGUGAGAGUCAGGCAGCCGCUGUCGCUGCCAUUGCCGCAGCAAGCCAAUCUCCCCGCCAGCAACAAUAUCACGACGACAGUUCCGAGGACGAGAUCCCUGUGCCUAUGAAGCUGUCGGCUCUCACAAAGGCUUUGCUCAACGACGGCGCUCCGGAGCCCUUUUCCAAGCCUCCUUCACCUUCUGCUGUCAAGAGACGAACUAGCGCGUUGAGCAACAAUGUUCAUGCUGCGUCGGCUGCGUCGGCUGCGUCGGCUGCUGCUGGCACCGCUCCUUCUUUUGAACGCCGCGGCUUGCGGUCCGCAAGUGCGCAGUCUACAGAAGACAAGGGCGCAAGGGCCAGCCACGCGGGCCAGAGCCAGGAAACAAGCCCUGUUCGAAAGAGGGUUGUGCGCCUCGGGGGUAAUCCGCACAACAGCCUCAGCCAAAUGGGUCCAGGCACGAGACGGUCGAUAUCAACCUCUCGUUUGACCAGCCAAAGAGCCUCGGCUCCACCACCGCAUGGUCGGGCAAGUCAUCAAGAAAAGCCAUCAGAAAUCGAGCCAGAGUCUCAGGUCCAGCCUCAGCCUCAGCCUCAGCCUCAGCAGCAGGUCAACACUCCUUCGCACGGGGAGCGAGUCGUGCGAAUCGUCGCCGGCUCAUCUGCCAACCGAAGCCGCAUCGGCUCUUCUGGUGCUUCGUCCGCCCGAUCGAAUGUCGAACGCUCUGUGGCAGAUCAGUCCCACUUGGAGGCAGAGUUCGACCACUCCGAGGCUCCUGGAAGUGCUGCACAAAACUCCGGCAGCCAUGGUAGUGCAUCACGAUAUGGUUCGACGCGAAGCCGUCCCGACGACUUGAACCUGCAAAGCUCCAUGCGCGUCAAACGCGUUGGUAAGCUUUCAGGAAGCUUUCUCAGCGGCCCGGCGAGGAGAGGCCGACGGCGACAAAGUGAGGAGGACGGCGAGGCCCAUAACGAAGGAGAGCAUCCGGCACUAAACCACGAUGCCGAGCAGCGUGCUGCUGACGAAAUACCCGAGUCCUCCAUGUAUCAUGCCGCAAAUCAGUUCAAUUCAGGAAGCCCUGUCAGUGGCAAUGCGUCCCGGCCGGGACACAGGAGACAGGCUUCUGGUAUCGAGGUUCCUGAUCUCGGAUCAUCUAGGCGCUCUUCUCGUGGUGUCCAUUUCGACGCCCACCGAGACGAUCACAUCACCGUACCGGAGGCAAUGCUUCCCAAGCCGAUCGAGAUACCCUCAAACCAUGAUCAGGAGAAUGACUAUCCCAAAGCCUUCAAAAGACCGGUCAAGAUAGCCGCAGAUCAAAUGGCGGAGAAGCCCGUGGUUCGACCUUUGAGUGUUGAUGAUCUUGGUAGCGCCAAACCCGCCUCGCCGGAGCGAAAACCUCUUGCUUCACUGGUCAAUAACACGCCUCAUCGUGCUGCCCCUCCACCACCGCCGCCCAAGAUGUCCGUCCUGGAUGCCGCCACGUCCACAGCUGGAGCCGCUACAGCCACUCAGGCCAAGCAGCGCCGAAAUGUCCUUCGAGUGAAUGGCAAGUGCUACACCCGGCUGGACUGCCUUGGUCGAGGUGGCAGCGCCAAAGUAUAUCGCGUCACUGCCGAAAAUGGCAAGAUGUUUGCUCUCAAGCGAGUCGCCCUGGAAAAUGCGGAUGAGAACACCGUAGCGGGCUACCGAGGCGAAAUCGAUCUGCUGGGAAGACUCAAAGGCGUCGACCGCGUAAUUGAUCUCUACGAUUAUGAAUUGAAUUCGGACAAGCAAGCUCUGACUCUGCUCAUGGAGAUGGGUGAGCUCGACCUGAACAAGCUUUUAACAUCUCGUCAAAACCCCGAGUCGGCCAGGUUUGAUCCAGUUUUCGUCCGCUUCUACUGGAAGGAGAUGUUGGAAUGCCUGCAGUCGGUACACCAAUAUGACAUUGUCCACUCCGACCUGAAACCCGCCAACUUCGUUCUCGUCCAAGGUCGACUGAAGCUGAUUGACUUCGGAAUUGCCAAUGCCAUCCAGACGGAGCAGACUGUCAAUGUUCACCGUGAAAACCAGGUUGGCACGCCAAACUACAUGUCCCCAGAGUCAUUGAUGGACACAAACAACCCUCGCGGAGGGCGGAUGCCUGGACGCCCCAGGCUUGUCAAGAUUGGCAAACCAAGCGACAUUUGGUCCCUCGGCUGCAUCUUGUAUCAGAUGGUCUACGGAGUACCGCCGUUUGGCCAUAUUGCCAACCACAUGGCACGAUGUCAGGCCAUCAUCAAUUGGGAUCAUGCCAUUGAAUACCCGUCCCGAGCAGUUGGGGGAGUGCCGGUUCCUCAUUCCCUUCUUCGAACCAUGAAACGCUGUCUCAACAGAGAGCAACAUCUGCGGCCUACCUGCGAAGAACUUCUCCACAUCACCGAUCCCUUCUUAUACCCUGCCGAUUUCAGCGACAAGGCCCUCCCGAUUGACGAGGACAUGCUUGGCAGAAUCAUCCAAAACGUUGUCUCCAGAUGUCGCGAGAGAAUGCCUACCGAAGCCGAAAGUGCCAGCAUUUGGCGUCAAGCAUAUUGGACGAGUUUGCGAAAGGCCAUGGCCGACAGGCGAGUGUGA